AUGUAUCUAUCUCAAUCUAUUCAUAUCUAUCUAUCUAUCUAUCUAUCUAUCUAUCUAUCUAUCUAUCUAUCUAUCUAUCUAUCUCAUCUCUUCAUAUCUAUCUAUCUAUCUAUCUAUCUAUCUAUCUAUCUAUCUAUCUAUCUAUCUAUAUCAGUCUCUUCAUAUCUAUCUCAGUCUCUUCAUAUCUGUCUUCAUAUCUAUUUAUCUAUCUCAGUUAGCUCAUAUUUAUCUAAUUCAGUCUGUUCAUUAUCUAUCUCUAUAUAUCUAUCUCAGUAUGUUCAUAUCUAUCUAUCUAUCUAUCUAUCUAUCUAUCUAUCUAUCUAUCUAUCUAUCUAUCUAUAUAUAUAUAUAUAUAUCAGCUUCUUAAAUAUAUAUAUAUAUAUAUAUCAUCUGCUCAUAUCUAUCUAUCUAUCUAUCUAUCUAUCUAUCUAUCUAUCUAUCUAUCUAUCUAUCUAUCUAUCUCAGUUUGCUCAUAUUUAUCUAACUCAGUCUGUUCAUUAUCUAUCUACAUAUCUAUCUCAAUAUGUUUAUAUCUAUCUAUCUGUCUCAGUAUGUUCAUAUCUAUCUAUCUAUCUAUCUAUCUAUCUAUCUAUCUAUCUAUCUAUCUAUCCCAGUCUGUUCAUACAUGAAUACAAUGACAGGCUAUGGCAUGAUAUCCAAAAUUUUCAUUUGUCUAUCGUUUUCAUUUAA